AUGGCCCGGACGAAGCAGGAUGCGCGCAAGUCGACGGGCGGGAAGGCGCCUCGGAAGCAGCUUGCCGUCGACCAGAUCAAGAGAAUGUCGUCGUCCGGCGGCGUCAAGAAGCCGCACCGCUUCCGCCCGGGCACGGUCGCGCUGCGCGAGAUCCGCAAGUACCAGAAGAGCACGGAGCUGCUCAUUCGCCGGCUGCCGUUCCAGCGCCUCGUGCGCGAAAUCUCCCAGGACUACAAGACGGACCUGCGCUUCCAGUCAACAGCAAUGCUCGCGCUUCAGGAAGCCUGCGAAGCCUACCUUGUCGGGCUCUUCGAAGACACCAACCUGUGCGCCAUCCACGCCAAGCGCGUCACCAUCAUGCCCAAAGACAUCCAGCUCGCACGACGGAUCCGCGGCGAGCGAGCGUAA